AUGUCGCCGUCCUUUCGGCUCGGCGCGCAGCUCCCUCUUGCCGCCGCGCUGCUGCUGUCUUUGCAGAUUCUAGGGUUGUGGACCUCGGGAGCUGUCGCGCAGCAUCGAACGGUGCACAAAUGGGAUGUUGAUGCGCUGAUCGCGAUGCGCAAGGCGUGGGGCAGCCCUGCAGCUCUGCAGACGUGGCAGGGGGAGGACCCGUGCCAAGGGCAGUGGAGGGGCGUCACCUGCACCGAUCGCACUGGAGACAGCUCAGAGAAGCUCUACAUCAAAGCGCUGGAACUGUCCGGCAUGCGCCUGUCAGGGCCGCUGUCGACCAAGCUGGGAAAGCUCCUGAAGAUUGAGAAAAUCGAUUUGUCCAACAACCGCUUCUUUGGCACGAUUCCCCGGACCAUUGAGAACCUGCGAGGCCUGCAGCACCUGGACCUCUCAUUCAACUUAAUAACAGGCAACAUUCCCACACGAAUCAAGUUCUGUCAGCAGCUCACGUUCCUCGACCUGUCAGCCAACGAUCUGAACGGCACCAUCCCCGGCACUCUCGCACGCCUAACCAACCUGCAGUCGAUCAACCUGGGCACCAACGCAAACCUCAACAGCACAAUUCCACCGUCCCUCACCGCUCUCAGCUCCCUGCAAGACCUCACGAUGAGCGAGUGCAACCUCAACGGGCAGAUCCCAGAAGACAUUGGGAACCUCGUGGGACUCACCAAGCUAGCGCUGGAGGAGAACAGCUUGGAGGGGUCCAUUCCAGACUCCAUCACUCAGCUCACCAACCUGCAGCACCUGUCGCUAAGUUUUAACCAUCUCAACGACACGGUACCAGAAGGGAUCGGAGCAUGCACGGCCCUCACAACUCUCAUGUUGGAUCACAACAACCUCACGGGCAAGGUGCCUUCUGCCAUAGCCUCGCUGCCCAAGCUCACCUACCUGCGCAUGCAGUACAAUCAGUUCUAUGGCGCGCUGGGCCUUGAAUUCAAAGAGCAUCUCAAUGCCUUCAAGAACAAUCCGCAACUCUGCGUCAUGUUCACAAAUGACGGGCGGUGCCGCCCAGUGCCAAUGGACCCGCCGCCCCUGCCGCCCGUGAACAGUAUCGUGCGCAAGCCGUGCGCAGUGGGGCAGGUGCAGCUGUGCCACUGCGACAACGGGUGGCCGGGGGAGAGCGUGUGCAUGCCUGGGGAGGGCUACGCUCCAUGCCAAUGCCGCGAACAGCACUUUGACGCGCAGGGAGACGACGACCUGUCCCCCGCGUGGAUCGUGGCUCUCUCGCUGCUCGCAGCCAUCAUGUUCACAACACUUAUAAUCUCCUGCAUCUGGUGCAUCCGCAACCGCGCCCACAACAAGCGCACUGGCCAGACGGGCUGGGGCUUUAGUGCGUCCAGCAAGUCCAGGGCCUACCAGCACCUGUCCGUCCCUGUAACCUCUGCCACCACCUUCUCCCAGGCGCUGGACCCAGAUGAUGCCUACAACGUCGCAGCAGGGGUGCACCCGGCUUCCUCUGCUUCCGCUGCUGCAGGCUCCUCUGGCCUUGCUGCCGCCACCUCCCCCUCACCCUCUGCUGCCAUGGCCUUUGCUAUGAAAUUCGGCCGAUCUAUGACUGUGGGCGCCUCGCAGUCGCUCAAGCCAUUCUCGCUGGAGGAGCUGCAGCUCGCCACGGGCAACUUUUCCCCGGAUCACCUCUUCGCCCAGCGGGAGCACAGCCUGCUCACAUACAGGCACGGGCAUGCUGCCAGACCGCAGCUUCAUGGCGGUGGCUCAGACCGCAGCUUCAUAGCUGUAGCCCAGGUGGACGUGCUCAGCUCAGAGCCCCGAGAGACCUUUGCUGCCCUCCCCCAUCCCUCCUCUCUUCGUCCUUGUUGCACCACCUCCAGGGGCAUGCUCCCCGAUCGCAGCUUCAUUGCUGUAGCUCAGGUGGACGUUCUGAGCUCAGAGCCCCGAGAGACCUUUGCCGCUGCCCUCGACGUGUUUGCGCGCAUGCAGGCGGGAGGGGCUGCAGGGGGCGAGGGGGGAGGGGGAAAUGGGGAUGGGAGCAUGCUGCUGAAGGUGUUGGGGUUCUGUGCGGAUUACCUGAGAGGCAGCCGCAUGAUUGUGUAUUCCCUCCCGCCUGGCGCCGCUACUCUCGAGACGUACCUGCACGACUCAUUGGACCGGGUGCUCCCAUGGAACGUGCGUGUGUCCAUAGCAAGGGAUGUGGCGGAGGGGCUGCGCUUCUUGCACUCCCUCAACCCGCAGAUGACCCAUCAGGACUUCACAUCCACAUCAGUGGUGGUGGCACAGGAUUCAACAGCCUAUCUCUCUGACUACUGCCUUCACUCUCUCGAGCUCCUCGCCUCCAAGCCCUCUGCCAUGCCCGCUUCCUCCGUGGCGCUAGCAGCAGGAGCAGUGGCACCGGAGCUGGCAUGGGUGCAUGAGAGCACGGCGCGCACUGACAUGUACGCCAUGGGCGUGCUGCUGCUCGAACUCGUCACUGGGAGAAGGCCGCUCGACCCCUCCUUACCUCCCACCGAGCAGUCCCUCGUGCGCUGGGCGAAGCCGAAGCUGAUGGACCGGGCCAAGGUGGAGGCCAUGGUGGAUCCGAAGCUGCAGGGAAGCUUCGCCCUGCCUGCCCUUGUGGAGAUGGUCAAGCUCGCCGGACGCUGCCUGCUGCCCGACCCCGAGGUUCGGCCCACUGCCGCAGCGGUGGUGGAGAUUCUCGAUGCACUCGUGGUGCCGGGCGCUGGGGAGGAGUUUGGCAACGGCGGCGGCGGCAGCGGGGCCUAUCCGCACCGAAAGGAUUUCUUCAUGGCAGCUCUUUCUUCUGCCGCGACACGGCUCCCUUCCUCCAGCCUUGCAUCGCUUUCUGGCGUUUCCGGAAAUAGCUUGCAGACGAAGAGUGCUGCUAGCGUAGCGGGGAGUAGCAGGGGGCUCCGACAAGUUGUUCGUGCCGAGAUGGGAGGCGGUGACCAGCCUUCGAGCUCACAGGCGGCAGCGUCGUCAUCUAACGACAUCCGGGCACCUGAAAACUUUGUGCCGCCCGAGCCUAAGCCAUUUUCCGUGGCAAGCGGGCAGCUGGGAGCCGUGAUUGGCGCAUCGUUGCCGAUCCUCUUCCGCCUCGGCACGGGCGUGUUCAGUGAAGGGUACAAGGCCAAGGUGGAGUCCUCGUCUGCAGUGAAGGACGAGGAUUAUGCACUGGGGCCAGUCAUGGGGUACAAGCUGGUGGAAACCACCACGGGCGAACUGAAGCCGGUGACCCAGCCCAUCGAGAUCUACGAGUUUGAAGGCUGUCCCUUCUGCCGCAAGGUCCGUGAGAUGGUGUCAGUGCUGGAUCUAGACGUGCUCUUCUACCCGUGCCCUGUCGAUGGUCCCACAUACCGACCCAAGGCCAUUGAGAUGGGCGGCAAGAGGCAGUUCCCUUACAUGGUGGAUCCCAACACGGGAGUGAGCAUGUACGAGUCGGAUGAAAUCAUCAAGUACCUCGCCAACACGUACGGCAAUGGUUCCAUCCCUCUCAUGCUCCAGCUUGGCCCUAUCACUUCCAUCACUGCUGGCCUAGCAGGCAUUGGCCGCGCCAUGAAGGGAAGCCGCUAUGUGCCGGCAAAGAUGCCGCCCCAGCCACUGGAAGUGUGGGCGUAUGAGCCCUCACCCUUCUGCAAGCUGGUGCGUGAAGCUCUGUGUGAGCUGGAGCUGCCACACAUCUACCACGCCACACCAAGAGGCAGUCCCAAGAGGGAGGCUCUGAAGAAGAGAAUAGGGCGCUUCCAGGCCCCCUAUCUUGAAGACCCUAACACAGGAGUGAAGAUGUUUGAGAGUGCAGCAAUUGUCAAAUACCUAUAUGACACCUAUGCUCUCAACAGCCCUUGA